AUGAGCUUAGUGCCUCCCCAACUACAGCAACUGCUCCAGUUAAGCGCUCUGGCCAACGGGUGUUCACAAAGCAGAAACCUUCCGGAAAGGAUAGACGAUGCAAACUUGGGGCUUUCUGCCUUCGGUACCCAAGGCGGCCUUCUCUCCGAACCAGGCAACUCUGCUGCGGGCAUAGGGCCGAGCGGUAAUGCGGCAUCCAGCCGUAACAACUACUCAGGUAGCAGCAAUGUAUCAGUGGUAUCUGGGUCGUGCGGUACCUUUCCUCAACUUGUUGUGCGGUCAAAUGACGGCGCAGUUGGAGGGAAACACGGCGGCCAUAUGUAUCAUGGAGGCAGUACUCGGGGAUCUCCAGCGGCGUACGGAUGUGCUUCACCAGGGAGUCGUGAGACGAGCCCUCAACAGCCUGGCAGAACAUUUGUUGGAAAUAUUCCGCCAGAUAUCACUAGGGUGUCGGUGAAGAGACUGGCGGAGAGGUAUGGGACGGUAAUCGGAGUCGAAUAUGACCCGCAACCUGGAAAGUGGGCCUAUGCCUAUAUUAUCUUCGCUACCUCCACUAUGGCAGAUCGAGCCGCUGGUGCGAUGCAUGGGAAAAGAGCGUUCGAGCAUGCUGAGUUUCACCGCCUUGUCAGCUGCCGCUGCGCCAAGGAUUUCCCCUUGACUCGUUUGCCGCUAACGAAAAUGGAUCUGCCGUGUUUGAAUACCUCGCCACCAUCAGACGGGUCCUUGAGCAGCGGUAAUCAUGGGGUUCAUACGCCAACGCCUGGAUUGCAUGGGAUGGAUCCUCGCAGUACAAAUAACAGCAGCGGGGUGGGCGUGCCGAUGGGUCAGGCGUCACCACUCACGGUCGGGUGGGCCCUCGGAGGAGGAAGCCUUUCGGUGUCUUCUGCGACUACCCCCGGAGGCGUGGCGGCGCCGCUGUCCGCAGCUUCGGCAGCGUCCAUCGUGUCGCCACCAAUAAACACUAAUUUAGGGGCGCUUCAUCUCGGCGGAACAGGGCAGGGAGUGUCGUCUAUGUGCGACGCCUCUUCUUCGUACUCAGGCAUGACAGAAGGCGUAGGAGGCGGCGGAUGCGGCUCAAGCGUGUCGACAGCUGUGGGGGGAAGCAGUAUUCUCUUUUCUCAUCAAGACUUCAGCUGUUCCAUAUCCAGUCCCUCUCAGAGUGCCAGCGUCCGGUAUGCCGGGUCGUACGCCAGCGCGGAAACCACCACUUACAGCACAAGCCGCAGCUAUCAGCACGGAGGGGUCCCCGGCCCACAGCCCAGCAACCUGAACGCAGAUGCAGCAGCAGCAGCAUUCUCCGGCAAUGCUGGAAGCGAAGCCGAAGGUCAUACGAAUGCGGCAACUGGCGUUCUGGCAGCGUUGGGAGGGCUUGGUUCCCGCUCGGCGAUCCAGGGUAUGAGAAUCGGGCCGCGAAGGAGUUGUGUCUUAGACCCAGCCGUGAUCCAGGAGCAAGCAAGGAAGACAACCUUCACACUCCUCAGAGACGGGCCGCCAGGCGCGAACCUAUUCAUAUACGGGAUUCCAGCGUGCUGGAAGGAGCUGGAACUCAUGGUUCUCGUUGGGCAGUUCGGGCACGUUGUCGGCAUCAGGGUUCCUCCUGCUUCUUCUACCGUCGUGCCACCGUCGUCAAACUUCCCUCCUGGCGGGCCGAUAGGCAGCAGCAAUACAAAUACUACGCUUCUGUCAUGCUGCAGCUACAACCGAGGUUUCGGAUUUGCUUCGUACGAUAACACAAGUGCAGCUUUUGAGGCGUUUCGCCAGCUCUCUGGGUUGACUGUGGCUGGCAAGGCACUGAAGAUUCAGCUGAAGAAUGGUGAAGAACAUCUGCUCGAUUCUGCCUUGAAGGCCAUGGCUGCCACCAACGCGCAUCUUUCUGCGGCGACCGGCUCAUCAGCAAACCUCACGUUUAGUGGAGGGACAUUGGGUGGCGCUGCGCCCGAUGCGGGUCACCGUGGCGCUGUAUUUUUCAACGCUGCUCACGCCACUGCAGGUUCAAGUUUAGUUUCUGGCCGGAGCUGGGGUAGAGCCGCCAGCCCGCUGGGCCGGGCCCACACCGGGGGCCCCACUUCCUGUAUGUCUCCGAGCUGGAGCACCCACGGAGCAGGAGGGGCCUACCAUCAUACUGGGAAUGGCCUUCAAUUCGCCCUCUCAUCCUCUGUGAGUGGCAUGCCAGUGAAGCAUCUCGCUGAACUCUCUGUCCUUGUAGCGGCUGCGAUGAAUCAGCAGACAGGAGAAAAAAAUAUCGUAAGUGUAGAAGGCCCUUCAGGAUCGUUGAACGAGUUUGGAGGAGGGGGCACAACGGGCCCCUCUUUGGCUCCGACUGUUGCACUGGCCUCAUCUUCAGCGGCCUCCGAAUGCGAAGUUGGAGGCGGGCGGGACGCGGGUAAAACGUCUGCGGCGCCGGAUCCUUUCCUGGCUGCCACUGCUGCGGGCCUGUCUUCCCUGCUGGCGGCGUCUGGCGGUAGUGGGAAAGGGACAGUGACCUCGCAGCAACAGGUUCUUCUGCAGCAAGCGUUCAGCACGAUGUCUGCAGCACAGAAGCAGCAGCUGCUGCGUCUCCUUGCGCAGCCGACACACCAAGAGGCUGUCCGCCGUUUUCCCACCACCGUGGGCGCCGUAGGCUGUGGGAGCCAUGGGAAGACUGGCGGCCGCUUUGCGCAGCAGUGGGUAGCUGGACCGGACGGCCUUCCGGGCGCAGACUCAUCGGGGGUGGACCCUGGAAACGGGUCAAGCCGAGCACUAGGCUUGUCUUUGUCGCUUUAUCGGCCAUCGUCGACUCUCAGAAAGUUCCUCAUAGGCGAGUUAUCGCACCACCAGCCCUCGAAAGCAGUGUUCCCCCCCUCGGAGAAGACCGAUCUCGGCUCAGAAACGCGUGAUAGUCCACUUCGGCAAUGGCAUCUCCAAUCGAGACAGGCAGCGGAAGAUUCGCUUUCCAAGGCAGACGACGCUGCGUCAAAUUCAGCGAUUGCUACCUCGUCCAGCUUCAGCCAUGGUACAACCGGAGCUGAUGCGAGAGAUGGAGAUGGUGCGUUAGUGAGUAACCCCGCAGUGAACUGCGGAGAUGCGGUUGGCCUCCCACUAGGUCCCCAAGUGGCGGGCGCGUCAGCAUGUGGAGCCCCAGGUCAUCUUGGGGAGUGGGCAACGUUCUCCGGAGGUGCCGAGUGUCUGUUUGGCUCUCUGCUCGGUCAGCAUGCUUCUGGAUUGCGCACGUCUAUGGAUACGGAAGACCGGCACUCUCUGGAGCCAUCAGGCGAUCACUUUCCUUUCGCUGAAGACGAUACCCAUCAUGUAGGGUAUCGGGGCAUGCCAUGGUUCCCAGCCGCUCCCGGCGAAGCGGGUGAAGGAGGAAACUUCGCGUUCGGCCGCGAAGACGUGUCAGCGCCACUCCCGUGCAACGCCGCCCCCGGCGAGAGGCCUGUGCCUAGCAGGUGGCCGUGGCCAGGCGGCAUCCCCGCGGCAGAUAGUGACGCUCUCAGCAGACGUAGCUCUGGGGGAACCCACAUGGUGUCCGCUUCGUUCUCCGUCGCCGCCGCUGCAUCAGAAUUCUGCGCAGCUCCGAUGAAGAUGGAAGGCGAAGAAAAAGGUGACGGCUGUGCAAGCCGAGCCACGUCGUGCCCGGUGGGUGACGACUUUACUGGCUUUUCCGGGUCCGAGGCAUUUCCUCCUGUCCUUCCCGUGUGUGGAGUCGAGCUGCCAGGAGGAGGUGAAAUUCAGCUAGGACGGGGAUGUACGACGGCUCACACACUUGUGCAGCAGUUGGCCCAGUGUGUGUCCAUGCUUGCGUCGCCGGCUGGUUUGUUUCGGCAAGCAGGGGCGCCCGCCAGUUUGACACUAGAGGAGAUGGAAUCUUGCAGAGGGGAGGCGACUGGCGGAGGGGAUGGAGAGCGGAGGAGACGCAGGGACUUCGGCAGGAAGGACCACGAAGGAUGCAACCGGGCGACCCUAGCCAAAGAGGCCGAAGAGGAAUCUGCAGGCAGAUCCCCAUCAGCGGAGAGUGUCCCACGCUGUCACGAGGGACACUUGGAAGGAGCCAGUCGAGUGUGGGAGGCGGCCAUAGGUUCAGGUGAUUCGGCUGGCGAAGAGCCACAGGAGGGACGCGAAGAGAGGGGGUGUGAGGCAGCUGGAGCUCCAGGUGAGGCGGAAUCCGUAGUGUCGUUGAUGUGUGCGUAG